CUCCAGCAACCAAGACAAUUCGGAUGAUGAAAACAUAUUUGGCAUACACAAAACAGCGUACUGGGAAAUAUACGGUGUAAAACGUUUUCCGUACCAUGGACGGCGUAAGUUUACACCAUUACUUAAACAAUCUUUCGAUGGAGGAAUAAUGAUCUCAAAUGAUGUUUUUGGACUAACAAUAAGUCAGUUUGAACGAGUAUACAAAGGUUGUUUGGAGAGAAGGAAAACAAAAGAACAGUGGAUACUAAAUCUCAGAUAUCCAGACAAAUCAUCUAAAGAAUACCUGGAAUACUUAGAGAAUUGUACAGACUGCAAUAAAGAUCUUUUAAAUUGGAUUGAUACAAGGGAGAAGUGCUUGUACGAUCACCUGGUACAAAUAGUUGGUAGUGAAAUAGAUAUACGAAAGAGACAACGACUAUAUAUAAUACAAGAUAUGAUCGUCAAUUCAUCAGUUCUGGAUAAUUAUAUACAAAUAUUCAGUGGAAGUUUGGCAGAAGGUCUCGAUUUACCAGGUAGUGACAUAGACAUUAUGAACGUAGACAAAAGAUAUACAAUAAUACACAAUUUUAAUAACAUCAAAAACCAAAUACAUGGAAUUAUAUUAGUUAUGGAUACAGAUAUUGAUCAUCCUGGAUUUGCUAAACUAAGAUUAACACAUAAUAUAUUAUCUGCUCGUAAACGAUGUGUGCGUUGUCUUCCAGGUACAUGCACUGGUACACGAAUGUAUCUAUCAACACAGAAAUAUCUUGAUAGUUGUAAGCUUUUUUAUCCAAAGGCAUAUUCAUGUAUACACGGUCCAUGUUUAUCAAACACAGAUCAGACGAUUGAUAUUGCAAACUGCAUACGGAAUAAAGAUCUACCCCACAACGCCAUUCCAUGGAUCACACGUCAUCGAGGGCAAUGGCCACCUAAUUUCGUUAUUGACAAAAUAAAUAAUUGCGGAUGUUUGUUGGUGCCAAUAGGACCUAAGACUGUAUCAGAUAGUGAUUUAUUAUGGAGAGUGUCUUUCUCUGUAGCAGAAAAAAUACUUGUACAUUCGUUUAGUUUCACUCAACUCUUAUGUUACGGUCUACUCAAAUUGACACUUAAACGUAUCAUUGAUACACACAAUGCAGUAAAAGGUUUAUUGUGCUCUUACUUUCUGAAGACGGCUUUAUUCUGGGUUUCGGAGACAGUUGAACUUGACAUAUUUCAAUUAUCUAAAAUAUAUCAUUGCUUUUCUCUCUGUCUUGAAAAAAUAGUAUCAUGGGUAAAGACAUGCCAUUGUCCAAACUAUUUUAUUCCUGAACAUAACAUGUUCCUAGGAAAGAUCGAUCAGAGUAACAAUACAAUGCUAUUGGGUGUACUUGAGAGUAUACAGUGUAAAGGGAUAGAUGGAUUGAUACAGCAGUUGUUUCUACUUGACAAUGACCAUCACUAUUUAUUAAAUACGAGUGAAUCUUCGUUCGUUCAGCUAGACUUUCUACUUUACAGAAAUUGUUGUUACAUGAUAGACACGAUACACCAAUGCAUUUCAAACUAUUAUAAAGCCCUUUCUUGUAUUGAAAAUUUACUAAAUUCCGAGUCGUCAACAUUUAUAAUUUACGCAUGUAAAUUUUAUAUAAACUGCAUCAGCCGAGAAAUGGUACAUCUGCUACCACCACCAUAUACAAAAGGUGACACGUACCGCAUACACAAGCUCUAUCAUGCACUUUUCCAACGUAUUAUCAAGAUAGAUGCUGUAUCGGGUUGGUUGUUGUACGCGUCGUUUUAUUAUGUAACAGGACAGUUCAAAGUCACACUCAGCAUAACGGAUUAUAUUCUAUCAAGAUUGUCACCUUAUUUACUGAUGACAGACACUGGAAUAAUAAAUGAAAUACACAGACCAAAAUAUGAGUAUACUGUUCAUUUCUCAAUGACAUUGGAAGAGAGGGUGACAAUAGCCACUGCACGGCAUGUUUAUUAUAAAGAGCACUCACCAUUAAUACCAGACGAACUACGGAUUGAGGUAGAAUUUCGAAUUAUGAACAUUCUACCAAAUGUGAUGUCGCGCUGUCUAAGAUUUCUAUGUUAUCAUCAUCUUGGUGAAUUAUCCAACAGACAACAGGCUUUAAAUGAUUUAAAUUUUACAGUGAAAGGAAAUUAUAUUCGAUCAGUAAACACAGAGUCUAAUGCAUUAACACUACUUGGAGCAUGUUUUGAUAUAUCCGGUGAUAAAGACAUGGCCCAUCAGUGUUAUGAUGAAGCUUUGCAAUGUGAUGAUGAGUAUGUAUGUCCGUCAGCAGAAACAAGGAGAUCAAAACUGUUUAAGACUUAAUAUAACCUUAUAUCAACAACAAUGAAUGAAUCAUGAUAUGCUGUAUUAUAAGAAUAUUGCGAAACAUUUUAUCCGUGUUACAAAAUACAGAACCUU